AUAUUUUAAUAGCGUUUGGCUCCAAAAUAACUGAAGAGACCACAUUGAGAACAUGUUCAGGGUUGAUUUAGAGUAUGAAACACAAUAAAAACACUUUAAUGCUGCCUAAAUUGUAUUUCAAAGCACUUUCACACAUGCAAUGUCGUUUAAUUCCAAUUAUUAUAACAUAAACGUGAAUCGUGAGCAUGUUUUCUGUCACAGGAUGGAGUGUUUCUGUAAAAAUGAGUUUCUGGAGAAGAAGAAAAGAAAAGAAAACAACAGUUUCUGAACGCAACGUGAAUCUGUGAGUGAUGAAGAGCCUCGUUACCUCGUUACCUCGUUACCUGUCUCUCUGUUGAUCGACGUCCUCUGGACACAGUGGAGAGAGGCGGGGUGAGGGAGGGGGGGUGGGAGGACGCACGGGAGCACCGCCUCCAUCCAAUGGGACGCGCGAUGGGAGGAGAGUUUGAGGAACUCCAGCUCUUUUUUUGUCCUAACUUUACCAGAGGACUCCUGAACGCAACACACGACUCGCAGCGCCGUUAUUCCCCCGGACGGCGCGUCUCCCGGCUCGCUCCUCAACGCCGCUCACUUUUGGGAUACACUUGUUUUGUUUUUGUUUUUACAAUUAUUUCAAUAUUAUUACACUUUUUUUUCUUUUCUUCCAGGAGGAAGUUUUUUGUUUAAAAAAAAAAAAUCUUACGAGGGAUUUGCCAGUUUUUCCAGCCUCUUUUUCCCCCUCUGUGCGUCUUGAUGCUGCGGAGCUGGAAUAUAAACUUUCCAGAUCUGCAGGAAUCAUAUUCUCUCCAUCCGAGGAGGAUUGUUGCGGGAUAAAGAAAAAGAAGAAGAAGAAGAAGAGAAGAAGAAGAAGAGAAGAAGAGCGCUUGUGGAGUACUUUGAAUCACUGGAGGAAAGAGACGCGCUUUUUUCUUUCUCUUUUCUCUUCUUCUUUUUUUCUUUGCUGGAAUACAAAUGCCUCAGUGAAGUGAAGUGGAUGCAUCACAUGCGGCAUGGACUCAGUCUGAGGAAGAGGAAACGGUGGACCGGCUAACUCACCAUGGCGCUCGCAGGUAGGAGGGGGGUCUCGUGCCGCCGGCUUCAUUUGAUUCUCCUCGCGCUGUGGACCUUCUCGCGCUACUCCGCGUCCAGCCAGGUCCGCCAGGAGUUCCGCGUCCUGGAGGAGCAGCCCGUCGGCACCUACGUGGGCACCGUGGACACCAAACCGGGCUUCACGUACCGCUUCAGCGAGACCCACAAACUUUUCGCCAUCAACGGCACCACGGGCGUCAUUUACACGUCGGUGGCCAUCGACCGGGAGCUCCUGCAGAGCGACGUGGUCAACGUGGUGGUGCUGUCCAGCCAGCCCAUGUACCCCACCGAGGUGCGCAUCGUGGUCUCGGACAUCAACGACAACUCUCCGGUGUUCCCCGACGCCUCCAUCGUGGUGUCCUUCAAGGAGGACGCCAGCAGCGGCCGGCAGGUGAUCCUGGACACCGCCACGGACCCGGACAUCGGGAGCAACGGGGUGGAUCACACCACCUACAGGAUCGUGAAAGGCAACGAGCGGCGGCGGUUCCGCCUGGACAUCACGGUGAACCCCAGCGGAGAGGGGGCUUUCGUGCACCUGGUGUCCACCGGCGGCCUGGACCGGGAGGCGACCCCCUUCUACCAGCUGCUGGUGGAGGUGGAGGACAAAGGAGACCCCAAGAAGUACGGCUACCUGCAAGUGAACGUCACCAUUCAGGACAUAAACGACAACCCCCCGAUAUUCGACCGAGAGCAGUACCAGAACAGCGUUUUCGAGGACGCGGCGGUGGGCUCCAGCGUUCUGCAGAUCACGGCGUCGGAUCGGGACGACGGCGCCAACGCCGAGAUCAGGUACUUUCUAGACGAGGGGACGCCUUUCCAAAUCGACCCCAGAGCCGGCACCGUGGUCAUAAAAGAGGGUUUGGAUUACGAGAGCAAGAAGGAGUACUCCCUGACCGUCCACGCGGUGGACGGCGGCGUGCCGGCUCUGUCGGGCCGGACCGAAGCCACCGUCACACUUGUCGACGUGAACGACAACGACCCCGUGGUGAAGUUCAGGUAUUUCCCCACCACCUCCAAAUUCGCCUCCGUGGACGAGAACGCGCAGAUCGGCACGGUGGUGGCGCUGCUCACCGUGUCGGAUUCGGACUCGCCGGCGGCCAACGGCAACAUCUCCGUGUCCAUCCUGGGGGGCAACGAGCAGCGGCACUUUGAGGUGCACGCGUCCCCCGUGCCCAACUUGAGCCUCAUCAAAGUGGCCAGCGUGCUGGACAGGGAGAGGAUCUCCUCGUACAACCUGACCGUGUCGGUGUCGGACAACGGCGCGCCCACGGCGAGGUCCUCCGUCGCCAGCCUGAUGAUCUUCGUGAACGACAUCAACGACCACCCGCCCAUAUUCCAGCAAACGCUGUACAGGGUGGACAUCAGCGAGGACGUCCCAAAAGGCAGCUACGUCAAAGGGGUGUCUGCAACCGACGGCGACUCCGGGCAGAACGCCAACCUGCGCUACUCCCUGGUGUCUGGCAACGCUCUGGGCUGGUUCUCCGUCAGCGAAAACAGCGGUCUGGUCACCAGCGCCGCCCCGCUGGAUCGGGAGGUCGCCUCUGAAAUCGUGCUCAACAUCAGCGCCAAAGACCAAGGGCUGCAGCCCAAGAUGUCCUACGCCAAGCUCAUCGUGAACAUCACCGACGUCAACGACCGGGCGCCCGCCUUCUCGCAGGCCACGUAUCACGUGUCGCUGGCGGAGCACGCCCCCGCCGGCACCGAGCUGCUGGUGCUGUCGGCCGCGGACGGCGACGCCGGCGCCAACGGGACCGUCCGCUUCGCGUUCGACGCGGAGACUCCGGCCGGCGUCCGGGCGCUGUUCCGCCUGGACGCCGCGUCGGGGCGAUUGAGCGUCGCCGCGGAGCUGGACCGGGAGGAGCGGGCCUCCUUCUUGCUCCACGUCCGGGCGUCGGACGCCGGCAGCCCCCCCCUGCACUCUGUGGGCAAAGUCAACGUCACGCUGAGGGAUAUUAACGACAACCGGCCGGUGUUCUACCCGGUGCAGUAUUUCGCCAACGUGAAGGAGAACGAGCCCUCGGGCUCUCAUGUGACCGCCGUCUCGGCCACAGACCCGGAUUUGGGUCGGAAUGGCACGCUCAAGUACGUAAUUACGGCCGGAGACGCUUCCAAGUUCCGCAUUAACAGCAACACGGGGAGGAUUACCACGCUCGUGCCCCUGGAUCGAGAGGAGAAGACGGCUUACCAGCUGCAGGUGACGGCGGCAGACGGCGGCGGCCUGCGCUCACACGCGCACGCCAUCGUGACCGUGACCGUCAUCGACACGCAGGACAACCCCCCGGUCUUCAGCCAGGAGGUGUACAGCUUUGUCAUGUUUGAAAACGUGGGCGUCGGGACCGCCGUGGGCGCCGUGUCGGCCACCACCGUCGAUUUGAACGCCGACAUUUCAUAUCUGAUCGCCUCCGGCGACCAGCGGGGGAUUUUCUCGGUGAACGCCGCCGGUCAGAUCGCGGCGUCGAGCCAGAUCGACCGAGAGGAGCAGGGCUUCUACCAGCUGAAGGUCGUGGCGAGAGCGGGGGAGAUCUCGGGGGAGGCCCUGGUGAACGUCACGGUGAAGGACUUGAACGACAACGCGCCGCGCUUCGUCCACGCCGUGGAGCACGUGAGCGCGGUGGAGAACUGGAGCGCCGGCCACGUCAUAUUCCAGGCCAAAGCGUCGGAUCCCGACGAGGGCACGAACGGCGCGGUGGUCUACGGCCUCCGGCGGAACCCCAAGGGACUGUUUCACGUUCACGAGAAGCACGGCCUCGUCACGCUGACCGGGCCGCUGGAGGUCACCGCGGGCUCCUACGAGGUCGAGGUCAUCGCAUCGGACACGGGCGUCCCCCGGCUCGCCUCCGGCCUCGUCCUCCUCGUCAGCGUCUACGACGUCAACGACAACUCGCCGGUGUUCGACCAGCUUUCGUACGAGGUCGUCAUCCCGGAGUCGGAGCCCGUCAACAGCCGCUUUUUCAAAGUGGAGGCCGCCGACAAAGACUCCGGUGUCAACGGGGAGAUCACGUACGUCAUCGCCGGCGGCAACACCGGCGACGUGUUUGGCGUUUUUCCCGACGGGCAGCUGUAUAUCAAAGCGGAGCUGGACCGGGAGAUACAAGACCGCUACAACUUAGUCGUGGUGGCCAAAGACCGCGCGGUGGAGCCGCUCAGCGCCGCCGUCAACGUCAGCGUGAUCGUGGACGACGUCAACGACAACCGGCCCCUCUUCAACAGCACCAGCUACGUGUUUCAUUUUGAGGAAGAGCAGGAGAGGGGCUCGCCGGCCGGCCGCGUUUUCGCCGAGGAUAAAGACUUCGGCCCCAACAGCGAGGUGAGAUACUCGUUCGAGGCUCCGCAGCCCGACUUUGAGCUGAACGCCGUCACCGGGGAGUUGACCAGCACGCUGCGGUUCGACCGCGAGGCGCUCGUCAGACAAAGAGGCGCCGCCGCGUUCAGCUUCGUGGUCGUCUCGUCGGACCAGGGUCUCCCCGAGCCCCUCAGGGACCAGGCCAAAGUGCAGGUUUACAUUCGAGACAUCAACGACAACGCGCCGAAAUUCACCAAAGACGUUUACCAGGCCUCCAUGUCGGAGUGGGCUCAGAACACGACUCAACUGCUGCGGGUCUCCGCCUCCGACGUGGACGAGAACAAAAACGGUCUGGUUCAUUAUCACAUCUCCGAGGGCAACGAGGAAGGACGGUUCGCCAUCGCCGGCGGCUCCGGACAAAUUACUUUAGUCGGAAAGCUGGACUAUGAAUCGACGCCCUCCUACUCGUUAAAAAUCGUCGCCGUUGACGCCGGCGCCGCGCCGCUGUCCUCCUCCUGCAUGCUCAGCAUCAGCAUCCUGGACGAGAACGACAACUCCCCCUCCUUCCCCAAAUCCUCCCUGUCCGUGGACGUCCUGGAGAACAUGCGGAUCGGGGAGCUGGUGGCCUCGGUCACCGCCACGGACGCAGAUUCCGGUCCGAACGCGGACACGACGUACAGCCUCGCGGCCGCCAACGACCACGGCACGUUCAGCAUCAGCCCCAACACCGGCAGCGUCUUCCUGGUGAAGAAGCUGGACUUUGAAACUCAGUCGCUGUACAAACUCAACGUCACCGCGAAGGACAACGGCAGUCCGCCGCGCUCCUCCACGGUUCCCGUGGUCAUUCACGUCCGGGAUUUUAACGACAACGCUCCCGUAUUUACCCCCGGGGACAUUUUCAAAUCCAUCCCCGAGAAUCUGCCCCUCUCGGCUUCAGUCGUGACCAUCGCGGCUCACGACACGGACGCGGAUAUAAACGGGGAGCUGGAGUACUCCAUUGUUCAGCAGAUUCCGCGGGGGGGCCACUUCGGCAUCGAUUCGAGCACCGGGCUCAUAUUCACCAACAAGGAAAUCGACCGGGAGUUUUCCAACCUGUUCGAGCUGACGGUCAAAGCCACCGACCGGGCCGUGCCGGUGGAGUUCCGCCGCUUUGCCUUGAAAAACGUCACAAUUUGGGUCACGGACCUGAACGAUAACAUCCCCACCUUCAUGUCCCAGAAUGCUCUCGUGGCGGAGCCCAACAUCGUCAUCGGAUCCAUCCUCACAACGGUGUUGGCCUUCGACCCCGACGAGGGGUCCAACGGCGAAGUGGAGUACGAGCUUCUGGAAGGGGACUCCGACACCUUCGUCAUGGACAGGUACAGCGGCGAUAUCCGCCUGGCCUCCCAGCUGGUCCCGUCCCGACUCGUGUACACGCUCGCCGUGUCCGCCACCGACCACGGCAGCAGCCGCAAGACCUCCCGGACUCAGCUCACCAUCAUCCUCCAAGGGCUGGACGGGCCCGUUUUCUCCCAGCCGAAGUACAUCACCAUCCUCAAGGAGGGCCAGCCGCCGGGCACCGACGUCAUCUCUCUGGGCGCCUCCAGCCCGCGAGGCGCCGCGACCAAAGUGGAGUAUUUCAUCGUGGCGGUUCGCAGCGGCGGGACAGCCGUGGGACGCCUUUUCACCAUCGGCCGGCACACCGGAGUGAUGCAGACGGCGGCGGAGCUGGACCGAGAACGAGGCUCCGACCUCUAUCUGGUGGACGUGUACGCCAUCGAGACGGAAGCCAGCCAGCCCAGAACGCAGCGUGCCGAGGUGGAGAUCACGCUGCAGGACGUCAACGACAACCCGCCCGUCUUCCCCAACGACAUCCUCGAAGUGGCCAUCGAGGAGAACGUCGGCGACGGCUUCAGGAUAAUGCAGCUAACAGCCACGGAUGCAGACAAGGGUCCCAACGCUCUCGUGACGUACACCAUCGUCAGCGGGGCGGACGACAGCUUCCGCAUCGACCCCGAGUCCGGCGACCUGACCGCCACCAAGAAGCUGGACCGGGAGCGCCGCUCCGAGUACUCCCUGCUGGUGCGCGCCGACGACGGGAAGCAGUCGACCGACAUGAGGCUGAACAUCACCGUCAAGGACGUCAACGACCACACGCCCAAGUUCUCCCGGGACACGUAUUCCUUCGACAUCCCCGAGGACACGGCGCCGGGCUCCAUCGUGGCGGCGAUCCUGGCCAGCGACUCCGACUCGGGGCUGAACGGCGAGGUCACGUACUCGCUGGAGGACGAGGACGAGGCGUUCCGGCUGAACCCGGUGACGGGCGUCUUCAACGUGACGCGCCCGCUGGACUACGAGAGCCAGCAGUACUACAUCCUGACGGCGAGGGCCCGGGACGGCGGGGGCCAGGCCGGCGCCGUGCGGGUGUAUUUCAACGUGCUGGACGUGAACGACAACGCGCCCGUCUUCAACGCCGCCGCCUACAGCGCGUCCGUCUCCGAGAGUCUGCCGCCCGGGUCCACCGUGGUCGCCGUCGGGGCCACAGACGCCGACGACGGCCCGAAUGCCCAGCUCCACUACAGCAUCGCGUCCGGAGACUCCCAGGGCCACUUUGUCAUCGGCGAGGACGGCGUCCUCCAGACCAGGAAGACCCUGGACAGAGAAAACCAGUCCUUCUACAACCUGGUGAUCACGGUCAACGACCUGGCUCCUCCUCCCAUGACCCGCUUCACCAGCACCGCCCAGGUGUCCGUCAUCCUUCUGGACGUCAACGACUGCCCGCCGACCUUCACCUCUCGGCGGGUGACCUACAUCCAGGAGAACACGCCGGUGGACACGGUCGUGUUCACCGCCCGGGCGGUGGACGCCGACAGCGGACCCAACAGCUACGUCGAGUACUCGCUCAAGGGGCCCUUCGGUAACAAGUUCAGCAUCGGCGCCAUCGACGGGGACGUCCGGCUGGUCGGCGAACUGGACCGCGAGGAGCUUUCCAACUACACCCUCACGAUCGUAGCCACCGACAAAGGCGAACCCCCCCUGUCGUCGACGAUGGACGUGACCGUGACGGUUCUGGACGUCAACGACAACACGCCGAGCUUCUCGCAGAACAUCUACGACAUCGAGAUCGAGGAGAACACCCUGACCGGGAUCGACGUCGUCCAGGUGUUCGCCGGCGACGCCGACGAGGGCACCAACGGGCAGAUCCGAUUUUCCAUCUCGGGGGGCAACGCCAACUCCGACUUCCGGAUCGAUUCGGUCACGGGGGCGAUCUCGGUGGCCAAGCAGCUGGACCGCGAGGCGCGUUCGUCCUACUCGCUGGUGGUCCAAGCCGCCGACCGCGGCAGCAGCCCCAGGGCGGACCGCGCGACGGUCAACGUCGUGCUGUUGGACGUCAACGACCGCUCGCCGGAGUUCGAGCUCUCUCCGUACACCGUCAACGUCCAGGAGAACUUCGAAGAUCUACCGAAGAACAUCCUGCAGGUCGUCGCCAGAGACGACGACCAAGGUGCCAACGGGCAGCUCAGCUACAUGCUCAGCGGCGGGAACGACGAGGGCGCCUUCAGCCUGUCGUCCAGCGGCCGGCUGAGCGUGACGCAGACGCUGGACCGCGAGGUCCGGGGGAAGUACGUCCUGCUGGUCACCGCCACCGACUCAGGUUCUCCGUCCCUGAGCGGAACCGGGACGGUCACGGUUCUGGUGGACGACGUGAACGACAACGUGCCGGUGUUCACCGCCUCGUCCUUCCACACCACGGUGAUGGAGAACGCCCUGACGGGCGCCGACGUGCUGCUGGUCAACAGCUCCGAUGCCGACGUGGGCGUCAACGGGGUGACGAGCUACAGUCUGACCGGAGGACACGGACAGUUCUCCAUCAACCCGGCCACGGGGCAGAUCAUCACCAGCUCGCUGCUGGACCGAGAGGACCGGAACAAUUACCAGCUGCUGGUGGUGGCGACAGACGGAGGGCGGCCGCGGGGCUUGUCCAGCUCGGCCACCGUGUCCGUGACGGUGGCCGACAUCAACGACAACCCUCCUCGCUUCCACCACCACCCCUACGUCACCCACAUCCCCGCCUACAGCGCCGCCGGGUCCCUGGUCUUUGCCGUCACCGUCACCGACGAGGACUCGGGCUCCAACGCCCAGCUGCACUACUCGCUGGUCGGGCGCAACUCCGAGAAGUUCAAGAUCGACCCCGUCAGGGGCGCCAUCACCGCCAACGAGAAGCUCAGCGGCAGCUCGGAGGUCACCCUGACGGUCCGGGUGAAAGACGGCGGGGCGAACCCCAAAACGGACACGACCACCGUGACCGUCCGCUUCGUCGCGGGCGGGAACUUCCCCUUCGUGGAACUGAAGGAGCGCGCCUUCACGUUCCCGGAGAGCCAGCCGACCAACCACGUCGUGACGACGGUGACCGGGUCCUCCAGGAGGGGCGGGCCGUUGUCGUACUACAUCGCCAGCGGAAAUCUGGAUAACGCCUUUCACGUUGACCAGCUGUCGGGCGAGUUGUCCAUCAGACACCCCUUAGAUUACGAGCACGUUCAGAAAUACGUCCUCUGGGUUGAGGCCAGAGAUCAGGGCUUCCCCCCGUACUCCUCUUACGAGAAACUGGAACUAACGGUGCUGGACGUGAACGACAAUCACCCGGUGUUCGACAAGGAUCCCUCGCACGCCGAGAUACUGGAGAACCUCUCACCGCAGCGGGUGCUGAUGGUCUCGGCCGUGGAUCUGGACAGCGGGCCUAACGGGCAGCUGGAAUACGCCAUCGUUGACGGCAACAAGGAGAACAGCUUCAGCAUCAAUCGAGGGACCGGUGAAAUACGAACCACCCGGCCGCUGGACCGGGAGAAGGUGGCUCAGUACGCGUUGAAAGUCAAAGCCACCGACCGCGGGUCGCCGCCCAGAAACGCGGCGGUCAAAGUGCUGAUCAACGUGCUGGACGUGAACGACAACGCUCCGAGGUUUUCCAAGAUCUUCAGCGCUUCGGUGGCCGAGAACGCCCCGGUGGGUUACACCGUCACCAGGGUCACCACCACGGACGAGGACGCCGGCUCGAACGCCGUGAGCCGAUACUCGAUCGCGGACUCCGGCCUUCCGUUCAACGUCAAUCCAAACACGGGGGACAUAACGAUAAGCAGGCCGCUCGACAGAGAAGACACGGAUCACUAUAUCGUCAAAGUGUCGGCCCGCGACUCCGGCUGGACGGUGAGCACCGAUGUCACCAUAUUUAUAACGGAUAUUAACGACAACGCCCCCAGAUUUAGUCGUCCCUCUUACUACCUGGACUACCCCGAGCUCACGGAGGUGGGCUCCCUGGUCACGCGGGUGUCGGCCACGGAUCCCGACGAGGACUUCAACAGCAAAAUCUUCUAUUUCAUUCGGUCCCAGUCGGAGUUUUUCCGGAUCAACGCCAGCUCCGGAGAGAUAUUCGUGAAGCAGCAGUUAAAAUAUCAGAACUCGACGGGCGCCAGCAGCGUUAAUAUAAAUCGCCGCAGCUUCAUCGUCACGGCCUCCGACCGGGCGGUAAAGCCUCUGCUGAGCGAGACGACCGUGAUCGUAAACAUCGUAGACAGCAACGAUAAUCCGCCCGAGUUCGAUUCGCCGAGCUAUUUCACUCCCGUCACUAAAAGUGUGAAAGUCGGCACCAAGCUGAUUCGAAUUGUAGCUCACGACAAAAAGGACUUUGGCCUUAACUCCGAGGUCGAGUACUUGAUCACCGGAGGAAACAGCUCCAGUAAAUUCAAGCUAGAUAAAACAAGUGGCUGGAUUACUGUCGCCUCCUCCCUCACAUCGGAUAUGAAUCGGUUUUUCCUCAUUGACCUCACGGCGAUCGACAGAGGGAACCCUCCUUUGUCUUCGCGGACGUCGGUCCGAGUCGCGGUCACGGAGGAGAACCACCACACCCCCGAGUUCUCACAAAGCCAAUUCUCAGCUACCGUACCCGAGAGCCUCGUCGUGGGAACGGCGAUACGGACGUUGUCGGCCAGAGACAAAGACAAAGAAAUGAACGGCCUUAUCACGUACAAUAUUACUUCAGGCAACGGCGAGGGAGUGUUUUCGCUCAACAGCAAGACGGGCGUGUUAUCCCUCGCUCAGCCUCUGGACUUUGAAGACAAGCAACAGCACGAUCUUCGAGUUUCGGCCACCGACGGCGGCUGGAUCGCAAAAUCCAGCCACGUGUCCGUCAUCGUGCACGUGAUCGACGUGAACGACAACCCUCCCGUCUUCGAACCCGACGAGUACUUCCCCGUCGUGCAGGAGAACGUCCCCAGCGGCACCACCGUGGUCAAAAUGAACGCCACAGACCGCGAUUCGGGAGCCAGCGCCGUCAUGGCGUACGUGAUACAGUCGUCGGACAGCGACCUCUUUGUUAUCGACCCGAACACGGGCAUCAUCACGACCCAGGGCUUCUUGGACUACGAGGCUAAGCAGGUCUACCAUUUAACAGUGAAGGCCUUCAACGUGCCGGACGAGGAGCGCUGCAGCUUCGCCAAUGUCAACAUCCAGUUGAAGGGAGCCAAUGAAUACGUACCCCGCUUUGUCUCAAAACAGUACUACUUUGAAAUCUCUGAAGCCGUUCCAAAAGGCACAGUGGUCGGGGAAGUGUUUGCCAGUGAUCGGGAUCAAGGGGCCGACGGAGUCGUUUACUACCUCAUUUUCGGGAAGAGUAGAAAGAAGGGCUUUGGCAUCAACAGGAAAACAGGUCAGAUUUAUGUCACAGGGACUCUAGACCGUGAGAAAGAGGAAAAGAUUUCACUGAAGGUGUUGGCGAAGAACACCGGAAGCAUUCGGGGCGCAGAUAUCGACGAGGUGUUUGUGAACAUCACGAUUCUCGAUGCCAACGACCCUCCUGUUUUUACCCAAGAACUGUACGAUGUGCAGGUUAGUGAAGGUCUAUCGCCCGGUGGUCUCGUUACCUUUGUGAGCGCCGAGGACUCGGACUCUGUACCGAGCUGGAGACGAUUUUCAUAUUCCAUUGCCCCCGAGUUUGAUCAGAACGUUUUCAACAUCAACCCAAAAACGGGCCAAGUGUCCGUGGCUGCAGAGCUCGACCGAGAAACGACCCCCGUGUACAAUCUGACGGUUCUCGCUGUGGAUACUGGCACGCCUCCCGCAACCGGAAGCACCACCCUGAUUGUGAAUCUGGAAGAUAUCAAUGAUAACGGGCCAACUUUGACAACCGCCUAUGCCGAGGUAAUGGAGAACCAGAGGGCUGGCGUCGCCGUUGCGACAUUGACAGCGUCUGACACGGACCUAGCACCCAACCAAGGCCCGUUCCUCUUCAGCCUCCUCGGUUCCGGCUCUGCCAACAGCUACUUCAGCCUCAGUUCGGCUGGAGUGUUAACCACCAGUCGAGAGAUCGACAGGGAACAGAUUAGCGACUUCUACCUCUCUGUCGUGAUCAAGGACUCUGGCGUGCCUCAGAUGUCGUCCACGGGAACGAUCCACGUCAGAAUCAACGAUCAGAACGACAACCCCUCCGAGCCGAGGGCCGUGGAAAUCUUCGUCCACUACUUUGGGAAUAUGUUUCCCGGAGGUUCUCUGGGAGACGUCAAACCCCAAGACCCUGACAUCCAGGAUAGAUUCCAUUGCUCCCUCAUUCCCCCAUCCUCCGGCCUGUUUAACAUCCCAACUGGAACGUGCAGCCUCAACUCUAAAGCUCGCUCAACAGAUGGAACCUUUGAACUAACCAUCCGCAGCAGUGACGGCGUCCACGGUUCAGUCAGCAACACAGCCCGAGUCCUCUUCAUGGGUUUCACCAAUGCCACAGUGGACAACAGCAUAUUAAUUCGGCUCCACUCUCAAGGAGUCAAAGGCUUCCUGACCAACCACUACCUCAGCUUCCUGCGCAUUGCCAACUCUCAGCUCGCGGGACUCGGCACCGGGGUGCUGCUUUACGGAGCAUUCGAACUCAACAAUCAGACGUUCCUGAUGGCGGCUGUGAAGCGAGGCCACGGACAAUAUGUCAACCCCGGCGGCGUGGCCACAUUCUUCCAGAGUAUCAAAGACAUCUUACAUCGGCAGAGCGGGGUGCAAAUAGACGCGGUGGACCAUGAUCCGUGCACACGCAACCCGUGCCAGAACGGAGGCAGCUGCAAGAGGCGUCUCAGUGUCGGGCCUGACAUGAAGACAGAGGAAAGUGACCCCGUGAUCCUCGUGUCCAACCACCCCCUGCAGCCCUACGCCUGCAGCUGCAGGCCGGGGUACGCGGGGGCCCUGUGCGAGACGGACAUCGACGAGUGCCAGCCGUCGCCCUGCCACAACGGCGGCACCUGCCACAAUCUGGUGGGGGGAUUCUCGUGCACCUGCCCCGAAGGUUUCACCGGGAUGGCCUGCGAGAGGGACGUCAACGAAUGUCUUUCCAAUCCCUGCAAGAACGGGGCGCUUUGCCAGAACUUCCCCGGCGGCUUCAACUGCCUCUGCAAAUCCGGCUUUGCAGGCAAAACGUGUGACUCCAUCAUCAAUCACUGUGAGUGUAACCCUUGUUUUAAUGGCGGCUCCUGUCAGAACCGGGUGGAUGGAUAUUACUGUCAUUGUCCGUUCGGGGUUUUCGGCAAACACUGCGAGCUCAACAGCUACGGCUUCGAGGAGCUCUCCUACAUGGAGUUCCCGUCUCUGGAUCCCAACAACAACUACAUCUACAUCAAGUUCGCCACGCUGAGGAGCGACGCGCUGCUCAUGUACAACCACGACAACCAGACCGGAGACCGGGCCGAGUUCCUGGCGCUGGAGAUCUUCGAGGGCCGGAUGCGCUUCUCCUUCAACUUGGGAAGCGGCACGUACAAACUGAUGACCACGAUCAGAGUCUCGGACGGCCGCUUCCACACGGUCAUCGCCAGGAGAGCCGGGAUGGCUGCGUCCCUCACCGUGGACGUGUGCGGCGAGGACCAGGAGCCGGGCUACUGCGCCGUGAGCAACGUGGCGGUAAACACCGACUGGAUCCUGGACGUUCAGCCCAACCGGCUCUCGGUGGCCGGCGUCCGCUCCAUAGAACCCGUCCUUCAGCGCCGCGGUCAGGUCGCCACCCACGACUUUGUGGGCUGCAUCAUGGAGUUCGCCGUGAACGGCCGGCCGCUGGAGCCGAGUCAGGCGCUGGCAUCGCGCGGCAUCCUUGACAGGUGUCCGAGGCUGGAGGGCGCCUGCUCCUCCUCUCCGUGCCGUCAUGGUGGAACCUGUCUGGACCUCUGGUCCUGGCAGCAGUGUCAGUGCGUAGACGGCUUCACCGGAAGAUACUGCGAGAAGUACAUGACGGCGGACACCGCCCUGUCCCUGGACGGCACCGGCCGCCUGGACUACUCCCUGCGGCAGGGCCCCAAACGCGACGUCCUCCUGAGGCGGGCGCUGCAGGGCGCGGCGGCGACCUCCGACCCCAGCAGCCUGGAGGUCAAGUUCAGGACGCGCAGCAAGAGCGGCACGCUGCUGCACGUGCAGGAGAGCAGCGACUACACCACCGUCAAGCUGAGGAACGGCAAUGUCCACUACGUGUCGGACGCCGGCGUGAGGGGGAAGGUGGAGCGCACCGUGGGCGAGGCGGCGCUGGCGGACGGCCUGUGGCACACGCUGCGGCUGCUGAGGAACGCCACGGCCACGGUGCUGCUGGUGGACGGCGGCCGCCCGAGGGUCAUCCAGCACGCCACGCAGGACUUCGGGGGCCUCGCCGUCGUGACCUUCUCCCUCGGCGGCAUCCCGCCGGGACCCGCCCAGCAGAAAACCUCAGCAGGGUUCGACGGCUGCCUGGCCUACGUGAAGUACAACGGGGAGAACCUGCCGUACGCCGGGGACCACAGCCUCGUCACCUUGACCAAGACCAGCUCGUCCGUCAAGAUCGGCUGCCGGGGGCCCGACCUGUGCGAGAGCGGCCCGUGCUGGGACGGCUUGAUGUGCGUCAACCGGUGGUUCGCCUACCAGUGCGUCCCGCCCGGCGACUGCGGCUCCAACCCUUGCCAGAACCACGGCAGCUGCGUGCCGGACCCCCGCUCGGGGUUCGCCUGCGUCUGCUCCGAGUUCUACACGGGCGAGAGCUGCGAGACCUUGGUGGCCUGCCUGGGCGUCCAGUGCCCUCCGGGCGACGCCUGCAAGUCGGCCAACAACGGCGGCUUCGUCUGCAGCCCGAGCCCCGCGGCCGAGACGGCGGUCCUCCCCAUCUGGGCGGUGCCCGCCAUCGUCGGCGGAUGCGCCGCCAUCCUCGCCCUGGUGGUGCUCGGCCUGAUCCUGUGCAACCACUGCAAGGGGCGCAACAAGACCAAAGUGCCAAAGGAACCCAAGGAGAAGAAGCCCAAGGAGGCGAAGACGAAGAAAAAGAAGAAGAAGAAGGGCAGCGAGAACGUCGCCUUCGACGACCCGGACAACAUCCCGCCGUACGGAGACGACAUGACGGUGCGGAAGCAACCGGAAGGGAACCCCAAGCCGGACAUCAUCGAGAGGGAGAACCCGUAUCUGAUCUACGACGAGACGGACAUACCGCGCAACAACGAGACCGUCCCCAGCGCUCCCUGCGCGCCCUGCAACGGCCCGGAGGCCGACAUCGAGCACUACGACAUCGACAACGCCAGCAGCAUCGCGCCCUCGGACGCCGACAUCAUCCAACACUACAAGCAGUUCCGCAACCACACGCCCAAGUUCUCCAUCCAGAGACACAGCCCGCUGGGCUUCGCCAGGCAGUCGCCGCUACCCCUCGGCGCCACCAGCUACAACUACCAGCCGCAGUACACGCAGGCGUUGAGGUCCACCCCGCUCAGCCACUCCCACUCGGCGUGCCCGACCCCGAACCCUCUCUCCAGACACUCCCCGGCCCCGUUCGCCAAGCCGUCCACCUUCUACCGGAACACUCCGACCAGGGAGCUCAACCUGGCUCGCCGCGACGGCAGCCCGCUGGACCCGCACAACGACAUGUGCCAGCCGCCGCCGCCCAUGUUCAACUACGCCACCCGGCUGGGGAGGCGCAGCAAGAGUCCGCAGACCAUGGCGGGCCACGGCCACCACACGUCGCGGCCGGGCAGCCGGCUCAAGCAGCCGAUCGAGCAGAUCCCCCCGGAGACGGGGCCUCCGGUGGGGCUGUCCAUCGAGGAGGUGGAGCGGCUGAACACGCCGCGCCCGCGCAACCCCAGCAUCUGCAGCGCCGACCACGGGCGCUCCAGCUCGGAGGAGGACUGCCGCCGGCCGCUGUCGAGGGUCCGCAACCCCGCCGACGGCAUCCCGGCCCCGGAGACGUCGUCGGACAGCGACUCGCACGACUCCUUCACCUGCUCGGAGAUGGAGUACGACCGGGACAAGCCGGUGUCGUACGGCUCGCGGGUUCCCAAGCUGUCGCAGGUCAACGAGUCGGACGCCGACGACGAGGACUACGGCGGGAGGCUGAAGCAGCGGCGGUACUCGAGUCGGAGGGCGGAUGGAGGGCCCGGCAUUUCCCAGAUGCCCCCGAGCGAGCAGCAGCACUACACCUUGCCCCACAAAGUGGGCCAGCAAGCCGGGGGCUUCAACUGGGACAAUCUGUUGAACUGGGGUCCCGGCUUCGGACAUUACGUAGACGUGUUCAAGGACUUGGCGUCGCUCCCCGAGAACGCGGCGGCAAACGACAUUGAAAUGAACAGCGGGGACGGCUCGGUGACCAUUCUGAACGAAGGGGAGGCGGAGCAAUACGUAUGAGACUAUUUAUUUACGGUGUAGAAUACGGUGAUGUUCGCGUAACAAAACAACAAAAAACGAGGGAGACUGUAUAUUUUCAAGAGAACGUUGGACUACGUGGUUUUUAUUGUUUUUAAUUCAAAAUAUUAAAAAAAGACGACUUUCAAUGCAGUAAGGCAGAAACAUGGCACCUGGAACAUGACGGACUUUGUCAUGAUCCACCUUGGAAUAGUUUACCAGUCUUUUCUCGGUCCAAAGUCAACCGUACAAUCGCGUAGCCAUCUCUCCGAGGCCUCAUUACAUCGUCUGCAUCGACGCCGAUCGGCGAAAAAGAAAAUCCAUGUCUGAAUUUCAUUUUGUCUUUAUCUUGAUCUCAUGUCUGUUUCUCAUCACCGGCACGCCGCCUCUCCUUUUCUUUUUUUUAAACACUUUCUGUCUCAUUCGCAGCCGAGCUAGAGUCGAGACGGGGAGAUAACGUUAACGCUCGAGAGGAAACUCCCGGUCUCCGUAUUUUUAGGGGUCCAUUUUUUUAUUCACUUAAGAAAAGGUUUGAUCCGACUGCACCUGCAGGCGACGGGACUCGGAGGCUCGCACGGCACCGGCCGACCCCACCGGCGCCGAGAUCCCGUCUCCUCGUGUCUUUUAAAAAAAUAAUUUUCUUUCAGAAGACUGGCUAAGCGCUCCAAGAGAGGACUAAUCGUGUCCCCUGCCUUACGGACAUUUGAGGAUUUCAGUACAGUGUGUGGGGGGAGGGGCGGGUAGGGGGGCUUCUUUGACCUAAAUUCAGGAGGAUCGGAGUUUUUUUUUUUUGGGGGGGGGGUUCGUGUUGUUUGUCACAAAUGUGCGUUUUCUGACCAGCCAAGCGUUUAACUCCUGUAAACAUGCCCCCAACUAAAACACUAUGAACUUGUGUACAUUUUGUAUUUUUAUUUUAACUCUUGAGAAAUCAACGGGAGUCAUUUGUGUCUUUUCGUCCGUUAUUUUUUUUCCCGACAUGUAUGGUUUCUACAUUUUUUUUUAACUGUUUUAUUAACUUAAAUUACUUAAAGCUGUGUUGUUGUUGUUUUUAUGGAUAUGUUCAGAUGCUGAAAUGUGCGGCCUUACUUUCGGGGAAAGUAAGAUUGAAGACUUAUUUUUUACAUUCGUUACAUACGUAACAUCAGUAUUUUCCACUUUUGAUAAAACUAUAACAUGCCGUAUGCUUUGUACCUGUAAAAAGCCAAUAACAGAAUAAAAAAAAGAAGUAUUUAUUUUCAAAAAGAUG